AUGUUGGAUUCCCUAUUCUCCACAGAUGCCUGCUGCACUGCAACGAGUGAGCAAGAGCCUUCAGGAGUACAGUGUCAAAGUACUUCCACUCCAAGCAGUGAAUACAACAAUACCCCAUCCAAUGCAGCUUCCAACUCCAGAGUUUUCAAGGAUACAACUGGCUGUUUUACUACUUUUCUGAAUCAUCCUGAAAUCUCUGAAAUAAUCAAUGAGUAUUUUGAAAGAGUAAAUCUUCCCCAACACAAUGAGUAUCCAAGUAUUAAGGAUGAGAUUUAUGAAGUUGUGGCAAUGAAACUGUAUUGGAUAGCUAACUCGACGAAAGGUGGUAGUCUUAAAGAAGCAGCAAUUCAAAAAGCUAAGAAAUGGCUAUGCGACUGCUUACACAGAUCCGAACCUUAUAUUCUUCUAAUCGAGGUAUCAGAGUUCAAAUUUAACCAUAUUCCAAUCAAGGCAUGGAAGUUCCUCAUUGAUCAUUGUGGAACUAGAGAGUUAUGGAUAUCAAACACUACUAUUGACACUGCAGCACUAAACCACCCAGAUCUCAGUAAGAUGACGGUGUUGUAUUUGAUUGGUGUUGGAUUGACAAAAAUGCCAUGCCUGUAUAAUCUCACAGGUCUUAAACACCUCUAUUUGGGUGAUAAUAAAAUUAAGCAUGUCAAUCUUCAAAGCUAUUUUGAUGCUGAGACAGGUAGAUGCAACUCCAUGCGAAACUUGGAGUAUCUGAGCUUGCGUGGAAAUCACAUAUCAAAGAUUGAUGCAAGCAUCAAAAAGGUUUUUCCACAUCUACAUACUUUAAUAGUUCGGGAUGGGAAAGAAGUAGAUAUGAGUCUUCCGCUUAGCGAUGUGAAACAUGAAUUGAAAGAUGCAGGCAUCGAGCUUGUUGAGCUGGAUGAAAAGAAGGAGAAUGGAUCAGAUGUCAAGAAUUAA